AUGCGGUCCGUGUGGGUCCUGGCGCUGCUCUCACUGCCGCCCAUGGCGGCGCCCCGGCGGAUGAUGCGCAGCCGUCGGACCGCUGGCGAAGGUCCUACAGCGUGGUCUGUGGCUACAGCGUCAAUGCAUGGUGUCCCCGAGGGACCGCUUCGCACUGCUCUAGCGCAGGCAGCAAAGUGGAGCGCUGGAGCAGAUUCGCUCGAUCCACCCGGCCUGACCUUCCACAUGGACAUGGAGUGUGCUGAGCUGGAGGGCCUCGGAGUCGGGCUCACCAGCGACACGCGCGGGGAUGCCGUCACUCUGCAGGAUCCCGGCAUGAGCCGCCGGGCGUGCUACCAGUUCUGCUCGGGGCACCGCACGCUCUACUUCGGCGUGAGUCAGGGGAACUUGUGCGCGUGCUUCGACACGUUCGCGAGCAGGGCCGCCUCGGCGGGGUGCACGACGCCGUGCUUGGGCAAUGCGUCUGAGACGUGCGGUGGCGCUGCGGCGUACGACGUCGGCCUGAACGCCCUCUGGCAGAAGGAGCGCGACGGCUCCAGCUGCGGCGCGCCGCCGGCGGUGGGGCACGCGAACAAGACGUGCGCGGACUUCGGGGGCCAGCAGCCCGGGGGCAGGUGCGGCGUGGUGUGCCAGGAGGGCUACCAUCUGGAGGACAACACCUUAAUUUGCAACUCCCAGACCGGCAGAUGGCUUGGACGUGCUCGCUGCCGCGAGGUUAGGUGCACCAUGCUGCCCCGGCUCCGGCAUGCCUCGAGCUGGUGCUUCGGGGCCUCGGCUGCCGAGGACGGCGGGGCCUGCGAGGUCACCUGCAUGCCUGGCUACCGGCUGACCUCGAACACGCUGAAGUGCAACGCGCACCUGCGGGGCCAGCCAAGCGCCUCGAGCAUCGGCUUCUUCACGGGGGAGGCCCAUUGCGCGCCGGUUGGCUGCGGCAAGCUGGAGGCGAUGCAGUUCGGGCGCGUCAUACACAAGGAGGUCUUCUACCCCGAGACCGUGGUCCAGCACUGCAUGGCCGGCUUCACGCACAACGGGCUGCCUUCUGGCCGCGCCGAGUUCGUCACGCAGUGCCAGCAGGACGGCACCUUCACGCCGCUUGGCCCCACGGACCGCUGCAGGCCGGUCAAGUGCGGCGCGCCCCCGGACAUCGGCAACGCCACGGUCGUGUCUGGCGACGGCACGCUGCCGGAGGAGCUGCACUUCCCAGAGUCGGUCAUGUACAGGUGCGAGGAGGGCUUCUCCACCGAUGGUUCGUUCCACGGCGUCGAGCCCUUCGUUGUCGGCUGCCAGGCGGACGGCCAGCUGGAUGACGCCCCGAAGUGCAGGCCGAUGUCGUGCGGCCCGCCGCCACAACUGCCCCUGGCGGUCGCGGAGGGGCCUGGCGAGGCGCGGGGCUACGGCGAGGAGGUCCAGUACCGCUGCCAGGAGGGCACCGCGCUGAGCAGGCUCGGCCCAGGCGACGUCAACUUCAGCGUCAGGUGCAAUGCCGACGGAUCCUUCGGCGGCGCCCGGGAGUGCGUCCGCAUCAGCUGUGGGCCCGCUCCCAACGUCACCGAAGCGCUCGUCGCGGGCCACGAGGUGUUCUCGGGCGACGCUGCCGAGUACGUGUGCGAGGAGGGAUACACGGUCAGUGGCUCGCUGGCCGGUGACCGCACUUUCCAUGCCGAGUGCAUGCCGAACGGCUCGUUCUCCAAGCCGGUUGGCUGCAAGCCCGUCCAGUGCCAGAGCCCGCCUCUCCUCAUCAACGCGAACUUGAUUCCCGAGUCGCUGUCUCUGUUCGCAAAGGGCGUGCACUACUUGGACGUCCUGGCCUAUCAGUGCCAGGGGGGCCGUGUGGGAAGGGCGAGAACACCACGGAGGUCAAUGGGAGAAGCUUGA